CCCGGGUCCGCCUGCUUUGCCGUGCCCAGACCAUGGAGAGGCGGCCGGUCGCGAGCGCCCCUGGGUCUCCUCGAGCUCCGUGAGCUCCGUUCUGGGGAUUUGGAUCCUGCUGCUGCUGCUGCUACCGGCCGUUGGUUCCAGGGGGCCAUGCUGGGCUGUGCGCGGCGGGCUUAGCCGGUCGACUGAGCCUCUGGGCUGCUGAGCUCCCCCGCAUUUCCCCACCGGCCGAUUACCUGGACUUGCAGAGGAAGACAGAGCAGAGAGCAGAGCCGGGCAGGUUGUGCCUUCGGUUGCGAAGAGGAGGACGGGGGCGUCUCUCGGAGCUUUUGCGGAGUGUGUGUAGGGGCAAAGCGGAGACCCGUCCGGGAGUUUGAAAGAGAUGCCUUCUCUAGCAUCCCGCUUCCCUCGGCGGUGCUGAGCUUGCUUGUUGGACUCCCGGCGCUGAUUUCGGAUCGGAUUCAAGUUUUUAUUUUUUAUUUUUCUUUUCUUUUUCAUUCGCUUCUUCCCAUUUCUAUCCGAAGAGGCGCCGCGAUCAUGCUGGGCGCAGGCAAGGAGAGUACGGGGCGCCUCUGGUUGCUUUGGGGUCUGUGGAGCGUCGCGCUUUGGCUGCCUAGGACGGAAGCGUGUCCCAGUAAAUGUACCUGCUCGGGAUCCAGUGUGGAUUGUCACGGAUUGGGACUUAAAGCGGUGCCCCGAGGCAUUCCCAGGAAUGCGGAGAGAGCUGACUUAGACAGAAACAAUAUUACAAGGAUUACAAAGGUGGACUUUGCUGGACUUAAGAACCUUCGUGUUCUGCAUUUGGAAGAGAAUCUAAUUAGCAUGAUAGAACGUGGAGCAUUUCAAGAUCUAAAGCAACUAGAACGACUACGGCUGAACAGAAAUAAACUGCAAGUUCUUCCAGAACUGCUUUUUCAGAACACACUGAAGCUAACCAGACUGGACUUAAGUGAAAACCAAAUUCAAGGCAUCCCUAGGAAGGCUUUUCGAGGAAUUACUGACGUAAAGAAUUUGCAACUGGACAACAAUCAGAUCAGCUGCAUUGAAGAUGGAGCUUUCCGAGCCCUCCGUGACUUGGAGAUUCUUACCCUCAAUAACAACAACAUCUCACGCAUCCCUCUCACCAGCUUCAACCAUAUGCCAAAGAUCAGAACCUUGCGGCUUCAUUCCAAUUAUUUAUACUGCGAUUGUCACCUGGCAUGGCUUUCGGAUUGGCUGCGUCAGAGGCGAUCGGUUGGACAAUUCACCUUCUGCAUGGCACCUGUUCACUUGAGAGGGUUUAAUGUAGCUGAUGUUCAGAAAAAAGAAUAUGUCUGUACAGGUUCACAUGCUGAACCACCACCCUGCAAUGCCAAUUCUGUCAAUUGCCCAUCUGCUUGCACUUGCAGUAAUAGUAUUGUGGACUGUCGAGGAAAGGGCUUAACUGAACUUCCAGGCAACCUACCAGACAAUAUUGUGGAAAUCCGUUUAGAGCAGAAUUCCAUAAAAGCCAUUCCUCCUGGAGCCUUCUCUCAAUACAAGAAACUUAAAAGAAUUGAUAUCAGCAAGAAUCAGAUUUCAGAUAUUGCAUCAGAUGCUUUUCAUGGACUGAAAUUACUCACCUCUCUAGUGCUUUAUGGAAAUAAGAUCACAGAGAUUCCCAAGGGCCUUUUUGAUGGGCUUAUAUCUUUACAGUUAUUGCUUCUCAAUGCAAAUAAGAUCAACUGCCUGAGAGUAAACACAUUUCAAGAUCUGCAUAAUCUUAAUUUGUUAUCUCUCUAUGAUAAUAAACUGCAGACUAUCAGCAAAGGACUUUUUGCUCCUCUUCAGACAAUUCAAACAUUGCAUUUAGCUCAAAAUCCAUUUGUGUGCGACUGCCAUUUGAAGUGGCUGGCUGAUUACCUGCAGGAUAAUCCAAUAGAAACCAGCGGAGCUCGAUGCAGUAGUCCGCGUCGUCUUGCCAACAAACGAAUCAGCCAGAUCAAGAGCAAGAAGUUCCGUUGCUCAGGUUCAGAGGACUACAGGAGUAGAUUCAGUGGGGAGUGUUUUAUGGACCUCAUCUGUCCUGAGAAAUGCCGCUGUGAGGGAACAUUUGUGGACUGUUCCAACCAAAAGCUUACUAGGCUCCCCAGUCACCUUCCAGAAUAUACCACAGAUCUUCGUCUACACGAUAAUGAUAUUUCAAUUCUGGAAGCUACUGGAAUAUUUAAGAAGCUCCCUAGUUUACGAAAAAUAAAUUUAAGUAAUAACAAGAUCAAAGAGAUCCGUGAAGGCACUUUUGAUGGGGCAGCAGGAGUGCAGGAACUGAUGUUGACAGGGAAUCAGCUGGAAUCUGUGCACGGACGAAUGUUCAGAGGUCUCACAGGACUCAAGACGCUGAUGCUCAGAAGCAACAUGAUCAGUUGUGUAAACAAUGACACAUUUGCAGGACUGAGCUCAGUAAGGUUACUCUCUCUGUAUGACAAUCGCAUUACUACAAUAACUCCAGGAGCCUUCAGUACACUUGUUUCUUUAUCUACAAUUAAUUUGCUAUCUAAUCCAUUUAACUGCAACUGCCACUUAGCAUGGUUGGGGAAAUGGUUAAGGAAGAGAAGGAUUGUCAGUGGAAAUCCACGUUGCCAGAAACCCUUCUUCUUAAAGGAGAUUCCAAUUCAAGAUGUUGCUACACAGGAUUUUACAUGUGAUGGCAACACAGAAAGCAGCUGUCAUUUCUCUCCCCGUUGUCCAGAUCAAUGCACCUGUGUGGACUCUGUAGUUCGUUGCAGUAAUAAAGGGUUGCGGUUCCUUCCAAAGGGGGUCCCCAAAGAUGUGACUGAACUAUACCUGGAAGGAAAUCAUUUAUCCGCUGUGCCAAAGGAACUUUCUAUGUUCCGACACUUAACAUUAAUCGACUUGAGCAACAAUAGUAUCAGCAUGUUGGCCAAUUACACCUUCAGUAAUAUGACACAGCUAUCAACCCUGAUCCUAAGCUACAAUAGGUUACGAUGUAUUCCAGUUCAUGCAUUUAAUGGCCUUAAAUCUCUCCGAGUAUUAACGCUUCAUGGCAAUGAUAUAUCCAGUGUCCCUGAAGGGUCUUUUAAUGAUCUUGUGUCACUUUCCCACCUGGCACUCGGUACAAAUCCUUUACAUUGUGACUGCAGCCUGCGCUGGCUUUCAGAGUGGGUAAAAGCAGGUUACAAAGAGCCCGGCAUUGCACGGUGUAGUAGUCCAGAUGACAUGACAGACAGGCUUUUGCUAACUACACCAACUCAGCAUUUCCAAUGCAAAGGAGUUGUUGACAUUGGUAUUGUGUCCAAAUGUAACCCUUGCCUAUCUACUCCCUGUAAAAAUAAUGGGACUUGCAACAAUGACCCCAUGGAUUUUUACCGAUGCACUUGCCCAUUUGGCUAUAAGGGUCGAGAUUGCAGCACACCUAUUAAUGCUUGCAUUCAGAAUCCAUGCCAGAAUGGGGGAACCUGCCAUCCUACUGACACAAAUCAAGAUGGAUUCAGCUGUUCCUGCCCUACUGGAUUUGAAGGGAAGAAAUGUGAUCUGAAUCCAGAUGACUGUCAAGAUAACGAUUGUGAGAACAACUCAACUUGUAUGGAUGGGAUAAACAAUUACGCUUGCCUUUGCCUACCCAACUAUACAGGAGAACUCUGUGAUGAAGUAAUCGAUCAUUGUGUGCCUGAACUAAACCCUUGCAAACAUGAAUCCAAAUGUAUUUCUUUUGAUAGAGAAUAUAAGUGUGAAUGCUUACCAGGUUACAGUGGAAAGCACUGUGAGACAGAUGAUGAUGACUGCAUGGGACACAAAUGCCGCCAUGGUGCCAUGUGUGUAGAUGCUGUAAAUGGAUACACCUGCAUUUGUCCUCAAGGAUUUAGUGGACUCUUCUGUGAAAAUCCACCACCCAUGGUUCUCCUCCAAACCAGUCCUUGUGAUUAUUAUGAAUGCCAAAAUGGAGCGCAAUGUAUUGUUGUGCAGCAGGAACCAGUCUGCCGUUGCCUGGCAGGUUUUGCUGGCCAGAAGUGUGAGAAACUCAUUACCGUCAAUUUUGUUGGGAAGGAUUCCUACGUCGAGCUUCCACCAGCCAAAAUCCGUCCUCAAGCAAACAUCUCGCUUCAAGUAGCAACUGAUAAGGACAAUGGCAUCUUAUUAUACAAAGGGGACAAUGAUCCCCUGGCUUUAGAAUUGUAUCAAGGGCAUGUGAGACUUAUCUAUGACACAGUGAAUGCUCCACCUAUAACUAUAUACAGUGUGGAGACAGUAAAUGACGGACAGUUUCAUAGUGUGGAACUGGUGGUGUUGAACCAGACCUUGAAUUUGGUCGUAGAUAAAGGCACUCCCAAAAGCCUUGGCAAACUGCAGAAGCAACCCGUGGUUGGUCAAGACACUCCACUCUACAUUGGAGGAAUUCCGACAUCUACAGGGCUAUCUUCAUUGCGGCAAGGUACAGAGAGGACACCAAGUGGCUUUCACGGAUGCAUUCAUGAUGUCCGGAUUAAUAAUGAGCUCCAGGACUUCAAAGAACUACCACAUCAGUCAGUAGGAGUCCUUCCUGGUUGCAAAUCCUGUAACAUCUGUAAGCACGGAAUUUGCCGCUCUCUUGAAAAGACGAGUGUGGUCUGUGAGUGCCAUCCAGGCUGGACAGGUUCACUGUGUGACCAAGAACUUAACGAUCCCUGCCUUGGUAACAAAUGCCUCCAUGGGAAGUGCAUUGCCACCAACUCUGCUUAUACGUGCAAGUGUAUAGAAGGUUACACAGGUACGCACUGCAAUCGAAAGAAUGAUUCCUCCAACUCCUGCAGACUUCUAAAAUGUAACCACGGACAGUGUAAGAUUUCUGCACAAGGGGAACCCUACUGCGAAUGUGAUCCAAGCUACAGCGGAGAGCAUUGCGAUAGAGAAAAUGUCUGUCAAGGAGAGAUUAUUCGUGAAUUCAUUCGGAAGCAACAAGGUCCCGUCUCCUGUGUCUCCAUGGUGAAGGUACCUCGUGUGGAAUGUCAUGGCACUUGUGGGAACAAUCAGUGUUGUGCUGUUCUUCGCAGCAAAAGGCGGAAAUACGGCUUCCAGUGUGUGGAUGGUUCCUCCUUUACAGAAGAGCUAGAGAGACAUGUGGAGUGUGGCUGUGCAAAGUGUUUAUAAGCUCACGAUCAGCCUCUUUGCUCUUUGUAUCAAAUCUGCUUUCAAACACAGGACCUAUUUACUUUUAAGUGAAGAAGAGAAUAUUAAGUAUAUUGUAAAAUAAGCAAAAAAAAGUUAUUUUUAUUAUGAAAAGUGACUAUUUUCAUCUUUUAUUAUAUAAAAUCUGACCAUUCUGGGUAUAUGUAUCAUAUAUGAGUUAUUUUUACUAUGGAUUUUUUUUACAGUUGGUAAAAAAAAUGGAAAAAAUAUUCCAAACCUAAACACAGGGAUUAAAAAAAAAAGAGUAUAGUUGAUAAGCUUUGCACAGUGGCCAGAUGUGAAAGGAAUUCAAACUGUUUGCCACAGAUUUAAAGAAACAGGUGUUGAAAUGGUCUGGAUAUAUACAUAGUAGGAGCGAUACAUUCUGUGAUCAUUUGUGCCCAGGAAUGCUUAGUUAGUAGCCCUCUCUCAUGAUAAUGAAAGCUAUAUUUGUCACUGUUGUGAUUUGCUUGAUACCAUUGCCAAGCACAUGCACACAUACACACACACACACACAACACAAAAUACACACUGUGAUAACACUAUUGUAGCUUGGGCCUUAUGCACAGAUGUUUUUAUGCACACAUUAAUGCAAUGGUAAUAGUAAUGUAUUUUGUCUUCUGUAUAUGAUUGAUUGUCACACAAUUCCAUUUAUCCUAUAUUGGGGAUCUAGCACAAUCACUCAUACAUGGUAAAGUUGGGAAACAUAUUCUUUAUAAAUUUGUUUAGACUAACAAACUGAAAGAACAUUUUAUAGAACUCAUAAUGAAUAACAGAGGGAAUUAUCCAGUUACUUGGCACAUACUUCCUUUCCUUCAGCCUGUGAACUAGACCCUCUUUACCUGAACACACAAAGCAUUAUGCGUGCAUCCUCAAGCAAAGAAAGGAUGAGAAGGUAAUUUCUUGUGGUGAUGAGCUUUUCAUUUGCCAUUUCAGAGGAUUUAGUUUUUCGGCUUUUAGUUGCAAAGCAGAAUGGCAAAGAAUGUACUGAAACACUGCCUUACCCGAUCGUGACAAUCCAUUCAAAAAGUAUUUACACAGAUAUAUUUUACUUAAUUCAAGAGUGUGGUAUUCAGGUAUUUUUACCUGAAUAUCAGAUCUUUACAACUGACUCCUGCAUAUAUUGAGGUGGCUGCAAUUUUGAAAAUUGUAAAGGAAUUUUUUCCCCUCCAGAUGUAAACUGAGCCACAUAUUGGCAAUUGUCUGAAACAACUUCUGACUGCCAGCAUGUAGAAGUCUUUCCAUCAAACCUGUCUCCACCUGCUGCUGGACUGCUAGUUGUGACAUGGGGAAUUAUUAAUACCAAUAUAGUGCCUGUUGCACUAACCACAUGAGAGAACCAUGAUACAACCAAAUCUGUUUCUUUUAGUUCUCAACAUUUACCAUCAAGUCUUUACAAAAGAGCUUUGGAAAAGGAGAAUGUUAAUCGAAGGAAACAUCUAAGAAAGUUGUAUUCCAGCACCGUAAAUGCCUUUCACCUUUUGCAGAACUGCAUUUAGCUUCUUUUCUAGGAGCUUUUUUUUUCUCUUUCUUGGUAUUGUAAUAGUGAUAGGAGAGCCUAUCUUUCCAAGGAGCCAUGGAGGAGGAUAAGACAAUUUUCAGAAGGGCUGGAGAAAGGAAGAACAAGGAGAGACAGCCCCUCACAUUCCACUGAGAUCUUGAAAUCCUAGCAGAAAUCUUAAAUUUAAGUAGACUGUAGCCAUACUCAUCUAGAACAAUGAUUGUGUACAUUUAACUUUGAAACAGAAAAAUCCUGGUGGCCCUUCUACUAAGGACAAAUGUUUGUUUUCUUAUCAUGCUUCAAGCAUUCACAUUUCAGAAGUCUUAAGAUUCUAAGAAUCCUUAUUCUACUGCAGUCUUUUGAAAGCCACAAUAGUCUGUUCAGAUUUCCUUAUGGAUUCUCAGGAUAAUUUUAGGCAGAAGGGAAAUAACUGAUACAAUGGUUGCCUUUCAGAAUAAACAGUAAUACGAUGGAGCCUGUAAUCAGUGUAAAAUAAAACAAUCAUUGGUUACUUUGCCAAAAAUAGAUUGAACUAAUAGAGUUCAGGGGCUGGCAGGAGAGUAAGGUUUGCAAUGGAGAGUGGGGUUUUGUUAUUUUGAGCACAAUACGUGAUCUAGAAGCAGCUGGAAUUUAUAACACAGAAAUGCACCAUAGUUUGCCGAGACCAAAAGUUUGCAAAAAGAAAUGCAGCAACAUUCUUUUCUUUGAAUAAGAUUUUGGCACAAGGCAUCCUUUCCUUAAUGAUUUAUUCUGAUGUAUGGUAUCUCUUACCCUAAAAGCUAUUGCCCCUGUUGCAGAGUAUAAUUCGGCCGGAAUAGGCAGAUCUUAGUUGAAAGGCUACUAAAGAAUGUAUACUCCUAAAAAGGAAAUGAAAAAUACAAUAUUAAGAUAGUUUAAAAAGGUGCAAUCUGUACAAUACAUUAUCUUCUGUUAGAAAAGUUAUAUAUUUGACAAGACCAAAAAUAAUAAUAACAACAGUAAAAAUCCAUCAACAUUUCGUGAAAUAAUUCCAAAAAUGUAUACAGAACUUCCAAAUUGAACAAGAAUUAAUCACAGUGGAGUAAUAUUGGCUGCCUUCCCUCAAUAUAUAUUUGGAUUAGAAGAUUUAGAAGAAAUAAUAGACACUUUAUUUGCUUACUGCCAUUAGAUAGUUUAUGCUGUGUUGUGUUUCAAUUGAUUAUAUGGAAUCUGAUUUCUUUGUCUGUGUUUUUUAAGUGCCAAAAGAUCUAUGAAGUUAGUUUAAAAAGUGUUAAUUAGACUUCUCUAUACUGUCAAAAUGGCAGUACGUUUCAGCUAUUGUAUGGGGAAUGCAGUACCCUACUUUUUAAAAGUAAUAUAAAGAAAGAAGCCCUAUAAAAAUUGUACAUUGGCAACGUGGAUUAGUAUGAAUUUUGUGUAUUUUACUGGAUUGUCCUAUUGUGAUGUAAUAAAUUUAAGUAAAUUGUUGGGUUACA